AUGUUAAGUAUAGACUAAUUGGAUUAAGUGAUAGGAUAGAAUAAUUCUUCAAAAUUAUUGAUGGUAAUAAAUACAAUAGGUUGUUUGGGCAUAAUGGGAAUAUUAAAAGAAUUAUCACCAAAUUAUGUGACAUUAUCAAUUUAAUAUGGAUUUGUUCUAUUGAUUGAUUCACAAAGAUUCUAAUACAAUUUAGAAUCAUAAUAUGAUGCAUUAAUGUUAUCAUUAAUAGGAGGAUUAAGUAUUGAUUCUAAAUAUGUGAGAUGCGAUUGGUUAUUUUACAAUCUUUGGAGCAUUACGUAAAAUAGAUUUAUUAGUAAUAAUGUUGGUUUAUGAUUUUAAAUAUUUGAUUCGACAUAGUAUCAAAUUAUAAAAUAAAAUGAGUUCAAUAUUAUUUUUGUUUGGAUUUAUUUUGAAUUUAAUGAGUAAUGAUAGAAUAUUAGCAAUAUGGGCAUUAGUAUUUGGAUAAAUAUGUUAAACAGGAUCUGGUAUUAUAGAAGAUCAUUUUAAAUUUAAUUAUUCAAAUCUCUAAUUAUUUAAAGGAGUAUUUAUCAUAAUGAUGUCUUUAUUUAAUUUUGGAUUUUAUUCAGAUAAAAUAGAGAAUUCUAUAUUAAUAUAUUUAGUAUCAUUUCCAGUAUUGAUAAGUUUUACAUUUUUAUAAUGGUUGAAAUAUAAAGUGUCAGUAGUAAAUGAAAUGGUUGAUACUUUAAUAAUAGGAUUAUAAUUACUUGUAUUAUUAUUGUAUAAUUAAUUUUAAAUAUUGCCAACAAUUAGUUGUGUAUUUUAUUUGAUAGGAAUAAUUUCAAUUUGUAUAAAGAAGUGA